UUUAGUAUAAAUAGAAGAUGUUGAUGAUGAGAAAGAUCAGAAGAAACUCAGCCAGUGAGUAACAAGUUAGUUUGACAUUUGAAGAUAGUAAAAUAUAAAUAAUGAUGAAGGAAAUUAUUGUGAUGAGUUUACUUGUCUCAGCCAGUUUGGCUUGUCUUAUUGUUAAUUGUCCACGUGGUGGUAAACGAGGUGAAUCACCAUUUUUAUCAAUGCAAGGUCUUGUUAAAGAAUGCCAAAGUUGUGGUCCAGGACAUCAAGGCCAGUGUUUUGGACCAAAUAUUUGUUGUGGAACAAAUAUUGGAUGUUUUAUUGGUACACCAGAAACUUAUAAAUGCAGAAUGGAAAGUCUUUAUUCAAGACCAUGCAUUGCUGGUUUUGCAAUGUGUCGUGAUAAUAAUGGAAGAUGUGCUGCUAAUGGAAUCUGUUGUUCUCAAGAAAAUUGUUCAAUUGAUGCAACUUGUAAAACUAAUGAAGAUUAUGAUAAAAAAAUUGGACAAGAAUAUCCAAGAAUUUCUUCUGAUAAUGAUCAAUAAAUAUGAAUAACCAUUUCUUAAUAAUUAUCAAAUAAUGCAAAAGACAAUUGUAAUAAUUAUCAUUCUC